ACUCCCGCCGGCGGCUGGGCUCUGCCGGAGGCGCGCCCGAUCGCGGCGGCCGCCAACAUGGCCGAGUCGAACGAGGAGGUGGCGGUGCUGGUGCAGAGGGUGGUGAAGGACAUCACCAACGCCUUCCGAAGGAACCCGCACAUAGAUGAAAUUGGCCUGAUCCCAUGCCCUGAAGCAAGAUAUAACCGGAGUCCCAUUGUCCUGGUUGAGAACAAACUUGGUGUGGAGAGCUGGUGUGUCAAGUUCUUAUUACCAUAUGUCCACAACAAGCUCCUUUUGUACAGAACGAGAAAGCAAUGGCUAAACAAAGAUGAACUGGCUGAUGUCACCUGCACCCUGCUGCUUCUCAACCCAGACUUCACCACUGCAUGGAAUGUGAGGAAAGAGCUCAUCCUCUCUGGCACUUUAAGUCCAAUUAAGGAUCUGCAUCUGGGAAAACUGGCCUUAACUAAGUUUCCUAAGAGUCCAGAGACAUGGAUUCACAGGCGCUGGGUGCUGCAGCAGUUAAGUCAGGAAACGUCCCUGCCCUCCUCUGUGGCCAAAGGAAGCUUAGGUGCAGUUCCUGCAGAGAGGACACAGCGGAUAAUACAGGAAGAGAUGGAAGUCUGCAGUGAAGCAGCAGGGAGAUACCCCAGCAACUACAAUGCCUGGUCCCAUCGCAUCUGGGUUUUACAGAGCGUGGCCAAGCUGGAUCUGAAGAUCCUUCUUGAUGAACUGUCUUCUACUAAACACUGGGCGUCCAUGCAUGUCUCAGACCACAGUGGAUUUCACUAUCGCCAGUUCUUGCUAAAGUCAUUGAUUAGCCAGACUACGAUAGACAGUGCUGUACCGCAGCACAACUCUUUGAAAAGUGAGCCAAAAGAUGAAGCAGCGGCAGCCUCAACAGAGGAGCCAAGUGUGAAUCUUGCCCAGCUUCUAGAAGAAGAGGUGGAAUUCUGCACAGAUCUCAUUGAUUCCUAUCCAGGACAUGAAACCCUUUGGUGUCACAGGCGGCACAUUUUCUACCUUCAGCAUCACUUAAAUGGCAGGCUCCCUCCCAACGUGACUCACCUGUCACCUGCAGACUGCUCUGGGGGCGCUUUGAAUGACUCGCUCCAGAUUCCAACAAGCCCUCAACUAUCUCAGGCAAUGGAAGUGGAUGGACUGAGUGACUCUAGCAAGCAAGGCUAUUCCCAGGAAACCAAGCGCCUGAAGCGGACCCCAGCUCCAGACUCCCUAGGCCUGGAGAUGGAGCACAGGUUUAUUGAUCAAGUAUUGUCCACUUGUCGGAACGUAGAGCAAGUCAGGUAUGCCAAUGCAUACAGGAAAUGGCUGGUGACUCUGAGUCAGUGAAAGGGGUGAUUCAUCCUAAGAAAUUCCCUUUAGUGCAAUAUUGCUUUUUUUCUCAGUGCCAUAGUUGCAUGGACUGACUGGCUAGCUGUAUUCUUCAUCUGUAGCUUAAAAGUCUAUAAGAAACCUUUGGUUUUAUUUAUUUUGUUAAGAGCCGGCAUUCCUUUGGGUAUGAGAUAAUCGUAUAGUUCCUUCCUACUAAAUAGAGUCUUAAUUCUUUUUUUUUUUCCUCUUUGACCCAUGGCUCUCUAGGUCCAUCCUUGGGCUUCUCAUUUGUCUCUUGAGAUUGGCUUACAUACUUUGCCCACCUCUGUUCAGUUGCUACAUAGAUAGUUUCUUUAAACAUUGAACAUUUAUUUUGCAGUUCAGCUAAAGAAUAUUAAUACAUUCGCAGAAGCACUUGCGCUGACUGCAGUUCUGAGAACACAAUGGCUACACGGGUGGAUGUGAGGACGUCAGCCACUUCCCUCUCAAGCGUGUUCUCCCGUUAUCCACUCAGAACCAAAGCCAGGAGGGUUGGAAUUUAUAUAUAAAAAAAAAAAAAUUGCUUCCAAUGUAAUCUAUUUUUUAAAUGAUUAUUUAAAAGAAACUAAACUAAUUUAAGAGUUUAUGUAAUUGUAGUACUGAAAAAUUAUUUUUAUUACUAGUUUUGAUAGAUUGUUUUUACCUCACAUUUGGUAUAUGCCAAAACAGCAAGUCAGCCCUUAUAAAAUAAAUUCUUUUUUAAAAAAAACCCACAAAUGCCAUUUUUAGUUAUUACUAAUUUUUUUCCUUCUAAAGUCACUCAUGAAAGUGGGACAUAGAAAUGUAGUCCUGUAAAGCUUUUUUUUUUUUUUUUUAAAGAAGUAAAUAAAGAAUUACUGAGGUUAUACUGGAUAAACUGCAAGGUUUUUUGUCAAGUGGCUAGUCAGAGUUGACUGGCAAAAAUCUAGGGAGGAAGACGGGUUUUGAGCAUUUAGUUCAGUUUUUACUUUUCAAAUGAAACACCGCUCUUUGAUACUGAAUUCAUCAGGGAUAAGUACCAAAGUCCACACUGUAGCUCUGUCUCAGCAACAAGGGCUGUGCUCUCAAGGCUGGAGAAGUUGGGUGGGAAUGGGUCCAGUCUCCUUUCUUCUGACAUCCACCCCUUCAGAUGAGCCGUGAUUCCUCUGUGUGUACGCCUUCUCUUACCUUGCCAGUCCAUUCCCUACUUUCCAUCACUCACUGGCCCAUAUUUUUUUCUCAUGUUCUUUUUUUUCAGGGAUGCCAACAGAAGCUAUUAUUACUGUUAUAAUAGCUUAAUACCUAUCUAUAAACACAGGGAGUAUGAGUAAAAGGUGUCCCUCUCAAAUUCCCUUUUCAUGGCUGUCUUGGUUAGGGUUCCUAUUGCUGUAAUGAAAUGCCGUGACCAGGAGCUGGGGCAGUGGCCAUAGAGGAGUGCUGCUUACUGUCUUGCUCUAUGGCUUGCUUGUACAGUUUUCUUGUUAGGAGCCCAAGGGGUGACACCACUUACAGCAAUCUGGGCCCUCUCUCGUCAAUGCCUAAUUAAUCCACUAUAGGCUUGUUUACAGCAGGAUCUUCUGGAGCACUGUCUCAAUUGAGGUUCUCACGUCUCAGAUGACUCUAGCUAGGAUCAGAUUGACAUAACACUAGCUAGCUCGGAUCCUGUGUAUGUGCAAAAUGCAAGCUGUGAUUGCAGAAAUAAGCCAAGCCAUCAUGUUUGGCGUGCUCUCCUUUCUCAAGCUUGGUUAUGUGCAUUGCAGGUGGAGGGACAGAAGGAAAGGCAAACCCCUCCUUCCUUGCUCUGGUGGACUCUUGUACUUGAGUUAGACAUACUGCAUUAAGAGAAAAGAACAGACUUUUACUUGGGCAUCAUGGUCUUAUUGGGUGGCAGACUGCUUGGCUGGGUGACACUUAGGAAACCAUGAAGAAAAUUUUCUACUGGCCCCAGGAGAUAGAUCUUUCUUACUCUUUGGGGGCAAAGUUGUUUUUACUACCUUUAUUAUUUAGAUGAUAAUAUAUUUGCCAUUCUGAACAUAAUUCCACAACCUACUAUAUACAAAGCAUAUUUUGAAUCAUUAAAUACCUCAGGUUCUACAUGAACCUCUAUAGGAAAAACCAUUACAUGAUGUUUAGGUCCUCUGAGAUUGAGAGGUGACAGGAAUGACAUGCAGCUCCUGUGGCCACACCCUAUCUCGACUCAGUCUUACCUUCUCUUCUCAGCAUCCGUCUUAUGUCCCAAGUAAUAGGGCUUAUCUUUGAUAUAGUAUGUGUCAGAACAUGAACAUAGGCUAUGCCUUAUGAACAUCAGCUAAAUUUUUAUAGUGCUUCAUGCCUUUUUAUAUCUCCUAUUCAGCAUCUUGAUCAUCUAGGUGUCAGAUGCCUUCUUCUAAGGCUCAGCCCACACCUUCCUAAAGCCGUAGAGUCCUCUAAUAUACCGUGAUUGCAUCUUCCUAGUAAAGUUGGAAGUAGGUAGUAAAAAUGCAAAUAGCGAAAAGAUCCUGUUUCUGUGUGGGUUUUCUAUGCUACAUUAUUUCUGAAAUUAGCAUUUUUGAGUGUUCAUUCACAGGACUUAGGAUUUCCCUGUAACUUUCCCCUAAGUGUUUGGCAUUCACCUUUACUAGCAAGCUACUGUGUCUUUGACCAAAUGAAUUCAUGCAGUAGAAAAAGAAAAUAUGUCUAUUAGGGGCUUGUUUAGUCAUAUUCUUCAACACAUAUCUUACUGUUAGAAGGAAAAGAUAGUUUGAUUGGCACAUUGCAUCUGAUUUUACUCCUCUGGAUUAAGAAAACCACUGACACACAACAAGCAGUAAGAUCCAUGAUCUUCACCAUAACCCUGCCCUACAUGUCUUUGUUUUUAAAGUCUAUUUUGGUAAGUGUAUUGCCCAAUUAUAUUCAUAUGCCUUGCAUAUCAAAAGGACUUAGUAACUAUCUAUUAAUGAUUAAUUAGCUCUUUGAAGAAGGGAAAGAUUGUUCUUGUUCAUAAAUGAUGGAAUAAUGAUCAGGAAAUUAAUGAGUUAUAAGUGAGUGAUGUGGGCUAGCUCUGCAGUUCUUAAGGAGAGCUCCCAUGUGUAAAAAUCAUUGAGAUUUAGAUUUGCUGUCUUCAUUACCUUGUUUAGAUUUGUUACCGCUCAGCUGUGAGGUGGAGCGCUAGAAUUCUCCUAGCUGUUCUUUAUAUACACUAAAAAUCCUCAGUCAAUAAGAUCCACUUGAUAGGAUUAUUAUUGUUUUCUUUCACUAGACAGUGUUGGAGAGCAGAUCUUGCAUACAGCACCAGAGGCACAUCUGAUCAGCUGAGAUAAUUCUUGGCCUUUAGAGACUUGUUGAUGUGCAUUUGUGCAGGAAUCAUCCUGAUCCCCAACUUGAACUGUGGACCUUGUAGGGACUCCUUGAACCUGCCUGUGUGAGUCGUUUUGUAAGCCUAAGGGUUUUAUGCCUUCCUAUAGAAGCUUUGGGCCAGACUUUCAUCACCCUUUCUUACUCGUAUGGCACAGCUCUAACUUAAGCUAUACAUGUCAUUAGUACUUUUCUCUUUGUUUUUGCUGGUGCUGAGGCUCAAGCUCAGAUUUAUUAUCAGUCAUAGAAGUAAAUGUGUACAGAUUAUCACCAGAAGCCACUUAUAGUUUCAAAUAAGGGCUAUGUAACAUACAAUGCAGAAGCGAGCUUUUGAGUUUAUGUGCAGUGGUCUGUAGAAUGCAUCUGUGGUAGACAAUGUUAGUUCAGUAAUGUUCAGCUCCUCCCAGUUUACACUCUGUGUGUGUGUGUGUGUGUGUGUGUGUGUGUGUGUGUACAGAUAGUCAGUCCUGCAGUUUUAUUCAGCACAAGAUGGUGUGUGACAUGAGCCAAAUGCAACUUGAGAGUAGAACCACCAGGGAGGGAGCCUCUCAGUUGGCUCCCUAAUGGGGUUAGGGAUGAUUCAGCUGUAAAAUGAAGAGUGAAUAAUCUGUCCCCUUUUUCUUCCUCCGAAAAGCUUUUUGGGUUUACUGUUAUUUUCCUACUCAAAAAUUUUACCUUAAAAAUUUUAAAUGUUUUAUUCUAAAUUUUAAAUGUUUUAUUCUAAAUUUUUUAACACUGUAAAAAUUUUGUCUAAAAUGAAACUGCAAACGCAAGCAAUGUCUUUGUUCCCCCACCCCUGUCACACAUAGUCUGUAAUGAGCUCAUGCUUAUUAGAGAAGCAUGGUGGGGUACCGGAAAUUUUCAGCAAACUCAGUUUCAUUGAAGCAGUAAGCAAGAAAAAACUACCCCAAGAACUCCACAUACUGUCAUCUAAUGUCUUCUUUAAAAUAACUGUACAUUGUGUUAACUUGAGUGCCUUUCUAACUUUAAUGUGUGAUACAAGGUUAUCUUAUACUGAACUCUUGUGUUUAGGGAGUAAAAGUGUAGAAAUUUUAUCAGUGUAUUGUGUCACAGUGAAAUAUACUGACUGGUGAAGGUAGGAUCUUUUGAUUUAUAUUUCAUUAAUUGGCAAUUUUUUGUACCCUACCAAGAACACCAAGAGUUAGAAUUAAUUCUCUGUCUCUCAGACAGCUAACAUUGUGAGUUUUAGAGGCAUCAUAAUUACAGGGCAGUGUGUGCACAAUUGAAGACACAAAAGCUGUGUAGCCUAUGCUUGAAGAGAAGCAGGCACACGAUAAACUGCCAAGAGAGAGAGAGAGACAGAGAGAGAGAGAGACAGAGGUGUUGUCCCAAGUGACCCUUUGCCUUAUUCUAAGAACAUGCCUUUCUCCCAAAUUCAGACAUGGGGGUAGGAUAGUUAAAAGGGGGAAAAUGGGACUGGCUAAUACCAAAAGAAAAGGUAAAUACUCAAAUGAAAUUUCAAGUUUUGUGAAUUUGUGUGUGGAAGGGGAGGAGAGGCCUGUCAUAGUUCAUGAUAGCAUAUAGUUUUCUUUAUGGUUUCUUAAAAAUAUAUAGUAAAUAUUCCAAAGUGCUUUGCAGAGAGUUCUUGAAUAAUACAUCUCUAUUUUGUGUUCAUAAUUGAUGUAUAAACCAGUGUCUCCUGUGUGGCUUUAGGGUGGGAGGGGAAUUCUCAGGCUCCCUACAUCUUGACCCUCUCAGGCCAUCCCUGUCACCACGAAACAACUAGAGGCUGGUGGUUUAAAAAGAAAAGGCAGUUAAGUUGCUUGGCUGAAGAAACAGUGACCUUCAAAGGAUGUUAGCUGUAUAUAGGUCAUGCUUUCUGAACAAGAGCAUGAGCCACAAAGCUGACCCUGAUGUUUAUUAGUCUGUUGUUAAUCUCAGGGUGCAGAAGAUUUAACCAAUUUAGAACAACAUUUUAUAUUCUGUGGCCAAAAAGAAAAGGCAAAAUAUGCUAAUUAGAUUGCUAUUAGUGUGCAAAAUCUAAUACGGACCAUCUUGCCACUUGUCCUGUAGUUGUAGUGAGACUGUUAUCAAAACUGUUGCUAAGAAGAGAAUAUCUGUGUUGGUUCUACGUGGGGAAGUGGAGGAGAUUAUGUUUUGUUUCAGUUGAUGUUCUCAGCCUUUAAAAAUCGUAUUGAGAAGAGUCACUGUUGUUUUGCAAACUGACAGCUGUUUUGCUUCCUAAGACUUCUUUUUCUCUGCAAGUGUAAGAUGCAAGACAGACAGGUUCAGUAUAUCACAUAGUGCUGUGCAUAUUGUGAGAAAUUAACAAAUCAGAACUGAUAAAUGCUGGAGAAGGAAUAUGAUUAGCAUAUCUCUAUCUUAGCAUUGCCCACAUAUGGGUGAACUAUACAAUUUUAUAUGAAAUAUACAUUAUGUUUAAAUAUAUAAGGCAAGAUACACAAUUGUAUAACAUUGCAACCAAAGUUGAGGUUCUUUUUAAGUAUCUAAAUGUGUGUGUGCGCAUGCAUGUGCGUAUGCACAUACAUACAUCUACCAAGAUCUAGAGCUCAGGCUUACAUGAUUUUUUUACACAAAAGAUUUUAUGCAAUGAAUUUUUAUUUUCAUAUUUGCUCAAAGUAUUUUAAUUUAAGACAAUUUUCUUGACAGACAGCCUCCUCCAGUAAAGUUGGAAACUGACAUGUGGCCAUUUACCCAUUUAAAUAUUUGUGAAAACUGAUUAUGUGUUUGGUGGUUUGUAUGUUUAUAUGUUAUUCUGUUUUUCUCCAAUAUUAAGGAUUUAGCCUUUAUUUCAUGCCUAGCAAUCACUUUCCUAAAAGCACUGAGCAGGCAACACAUGCUCUGCUGAUGGCAGUGAAGUGAUGCAUAAUACAUGUGAGGUUGGUGCAAUGUGCCGACUACUCCCAGGACACUCCAGCAUCCCCUAGAAGCAGUCGUCUGUCCUCACAUCCAAUGCCAUGCAUUUAAGGCAGGUGGCUUUGUGUUGGUUACAGAAGUGAUAUAGAUGGGGUGCAGAUAGCAACAGCUCAGUCAAUAAGUACUUAGCUAUUGCUCUAGCAUCAGACUAACUUAGCUCUCACCACGGAGACGGUUGCCAUCUCUUCACUGAGGAAUAUAUUUGUAGUGUGAUACGUUACACAGUGAAAAAUGCUAUUCCAUGACAUGAAUUAUUACACUUGUUUGUUUAGGCUGGAUUUAGAAACAUAAUAAAGAUAUUAUUUAACAGAACCAUGGCAUGAAAACAAGAGUUAGAAGAAGUCUGAGCAGUAUCGCCCUGUAAGAGGCACAUUUAAUAAAUGCCUCAAGGUGUCAGCAGAUGCAGAACCAUGCUGCUCUUUAUAUAUUGGCAUAUCCAGGACUUUAUACUUUAUUUCAUUUCUCUCUAAUUCUAGUUGCUUUGCAUUGUCUUAAAGGUGAUAAUGAUCAUCAUGGGAACUUAGGCUGAGUAACUUCAUAUAAUUUUCUCAGAAUAUAUUUGACAUGAGGAAGAAUUUUUUUUAUCAAUGGCAUUGUAGUUUAGUUUGAGUACCUAUUCUGAGUUGACCUAAUGUAAAAGAUUAGACGGUUUUGAAACAGACAUUCCUACCUAACCUGUGAGGAUCCAAGUGUAGUGCAAGUGUGAUUCUGCUUUGGCCUCUGGUGAGCUCCCUGGUGCAUGGUCGUGUAUUGGCUGUAGUCACUUUGUACUUUUGCUGUAUUUUGUUCUAGAAGAGUAAUGGGGUGUACACUAGACUAGAUCACAUUACUGUUUCUGAGCUGGAAACAAUACAAAAUAAGGUGUCUAAGUAUGCCAAAUAUUUAUAUACUGCUAUAAAAACUAAGAGGAGGACUUUUCAAAAGUACAGAAAUUACUUUUUCUAAACUCCAGGCUUUGUAUGCUAGUUAAUUGCUUAUUUCAACAUUAUAAAACUAUGGGACUUCCACUGAAGAGAAAGAUCUCAGAUACUGUAUAUUCUACUAUCAGAAUUCACCAUCGGUGUUAGUUUACAUUGCUUGUAGAUUUUCCAAAAAGAGCAGUCAGUGGGCUAUAGUUAACACUGGACACAUUAGUGUAAUCACGGUACACUGUAGAUCCCAGACAUUAAGUAUUAGUGUGACUGCUUGUUUUGCUGGAAACAGCUGUCUUCACUGGUAGAUACCACUCUGCCUGGUAUGGCAGUCUGUAUCGAAGUUCCUUUAGCUCUUAGUAUAGCAACCCACAGUUUUAAAAGGAUUAAAACUCAUGCGUUCUUUACAGCUAAAGUAUAUAUUCUGGAUGGGAAUAAGAAAAACUUUUGUACAAAGGUGUGUGCAAAGUACACUUGUGGUAUUUUGGGGUUUAGUACCCCAGGAUGAUUAAAUUAUGCUAAAUUCUAAGAUUAUCACUUGGACUUUUGGCUAAGAUUAAAUGUAAAUUCUAAGAUUAACAUAUCAUGUAUUGUCGAUAGCUGGGUGUUCAAUGGAAAUGUAAUGUGAGCCCCAAAGGUAUUACAAUUUCCUAGUAGCAAUGUUUAAGACAUAUAAUUAACUUUUAAUAACAUAUCUUAUUUAACUUAAUCUAGUAAAACACUCUUUCAACAUUCAUCAAUGUAACAAAAUUAAGGAGCCAUCUAGCGCCUUUUCUCCCUUUAUAUUAGUCUUCACAAUUCAAUGUGUGGUUUGCACUCACGCUGCCCCUCCACUGCAGCCAUGUUUCAUGCCCUCAGGCUCCACGUGUGGCCAGGGGCUGCUGCUGCAGACGCAAUGCAGAUUUAUAGGCUACAAAGUAUGAAUCUGUUUAAAUUUGGAGGUGACAAAUGGACAUGAAAUUUUGAUCCUUUAAGGAUUGUUUAGAAAGAAAUCUAAUGAAGUUUUCCUUCAUUUUAAGUUAACUUUGCUCUAGAAAUUGGAUCAAUCUGAUCUAAUUUGCCAAGCAUUAUUUGAAGAAGAAAUCCUGUGCCAUGCAAAAUCCCUCUAGGAUUGCUGUAAAGUACCGACGGCAGAAUAGUGAGUCUUCAGUCUUCACUAAAGUCUGUCCUGUUUCUUCAACAUAGCUUGAGUUGCAUGCUUACUGCAUAUCCGUACUUGUUUGCUUCCCAUUAUUCUUGUUAUAUAAUGAUGUAUAUUAACCAGCAGCCCUAGGAUUCUAAUCUAUGCAGCUGUCUGCCAGAACAUAAUGAUGUACCGAUUGAAUCGUGGUAAAUGGCAGAGAAAUAAGUUGAACCACUUCUUUUCCCAUUAGAAUUGUUUUUUUAACAUGUGGCCAUGUACCAAACCAGCUGUAAAUUACUGUAUUUCUGUAGAAUAUGGAAACAGUGUUGUCUUUGAUGAUGUCUAAGUAAACAUUACCUCUCCUAAAGCAA